AUGGCAACGUCACCGUCAAAAGCAAAUUUAUCUGGCUUCUCUGAGGAGAAGAUACCUGUAGAUCUGGCCAAGGAUGUUGAAGAAGGGAGCUCAGAGAAGACAGAACAUCCUUAUCGAGUUUCUGACAGCGAAGCUGUCGAGAACUCCAAGGAGACCAUGACGUUGGAAUCCUCUGCUCCAAACGACAGCUUCUUUGACGAGCCUCUGGAAUCGAAUUCCAUUGGUAGCGGUAGUCAUUUUACCUUAAACGGCGAUAAAAACAAGCUGUUGUCCAGCAGUCAUGGGAAGCAAGCGCCUCGGAGCCGCGAUGACAAGCAGGCAAUGCCUCACGACGACGACAAACAAACGUUGGACCUGGAUGGCAAGCAAGUCUUGGGUGGCAACGCAGACAAGAUAGUCGCCACAAGGUUUGAGCCAGGUCAAACAGACAGUCCGACGACAACGCUAGAUCGAUCUCAAAUGGAUGUCUCCCAACUCAGUAGAGGCUCUGGAUCCUAUCAAGAAUACGCGUUCUGUCACGCUAGCGCGUUGCGUUUGAACCACAAUGUUGUGAUCGACCCCAAUGGAGGAGCCAUCUACUUUGUCGAAGUUGCAGCGUUUGCCAAAGGCCGUGUUGAUGUUGUCGUGCACCACGUGAAGCACGAACUCGCCUCGAAAGGAGCCACGCUUACGGCAGAUGAAGGCAAGCUGUGUUCAGUCGUUGGCUUUGCCCAGUUCCCUCACGACCGCGAUAACCUUAUACAGAUUGGUCUCGGCGAUCACCAUGACAUGAGCAGCGUCAAAUGGCUUGAGCUAAAGAGGACUCACGAAAUCGCCGACUGGACGAUCGUUUUGCCCGGCAGUCUGAGCCAUGAACUACAGCUAGCAACAAACCUGGACUCAUCAACCCGCUCCAGCAUCCCAUCUGCGUCCCCGAUCUCUCCACUGGACAGCAAGUCGUCGACUGGCAGCUUCCGUCUUGUUGAAACUUCGACAGGCGCAGUCAUUGCUGCGUACUCAGAGCUGAAGACCAUGUCCAGCUGGAAGAAACGAGGGAAGCUUAGAAUCUACGACCGCUCCGUUGUGCAUGUGAACAUGUUGUCCGGAGAGGAUUUGCAGCUCCUCAUCGUACUCUGUUGCGCAUCGAUGAAUGAGAAGCGCAGACGAGCCAGCGUGCGCAAGUGGACUGCAGGCGUUUUCUGA